GCCAGACACAGAGCAGGUCCCCAGCGGGAUCAUCUUGACAGAGCUUAACUUUGACUCGAGCAGAACUGACUGGAGGAGCAGGAGGAGGAGGUGUGGACGCUCCAGGAUUCAGCACCUUGGACAGCGACGCGCCGGCGCCUCCGCGAGCCGCUCAGCAGGGGAGGAGUGCGCACAGUCCGGGCACGAACCCUCCGCCUCCACGCAGCCGGGACAUGGUGCUCGCUCUGCGGCCGCCUCUGUGUCCGGGGUCGCGGUGAUGGACUUUGCCUUCAGCAGCGUGAUGGCUGCACACAGCGAGACUGAGCGCGCAGGGCAGGACGCGCGCGAGACUGAACCUUGAAAUACGCGCGAGUUUACGCGUCUUUGCCACAAACAGCCCCCCCUCCCCCCCACCCCCAAAAAACUUGCAGGUCUCCACUCUACCAUGGGGAUACGGCGCCUUCUGCUGCUGCUCAUGUACCUGGACCCGCUGAGCGUGUGGUGCGCCGCUGCAGGCGCCAAGAAGCCGAGGCCGACGCCCAAGAAGGCGCUGAAAACCACCGCGGUGCCCACGCUCACCGCGCCUCAGAGGACGCAGCCGCCGCCGCCGCCGCCCGCGGCGCCCGCCAGCAACCACGACACCUGCCUGGGCUACUACGACGUGAGCGGCCAGUAUGACAAGAUGUUCGAGUGCAACAACACGGACCACCGCUACUGCUGCGGGACCUGCUACCUGCGCUUCUGCUGCGAGUACAAGAAGGACCGGCUGGACCAGAAAGCCUGCAAGAACUACCACACGCCGGUGUGGGUGCAGACGGCCGCGCCGUCGCCGGUGCCCACGGGCGAGACCUACGACCCCAGCAUGGACCAGACCAACACCGCGGUCUACAUCACGUGCGGGAUCAUAGCCUUCAUCAUCGUGGUGGGAGUGUCGGUCAAAGUGGCGUACGACAAAGCUACGGAGCCUCCGCAGGAAAUGAACAUACACCGGGCCCUCGCAGACAUCCUGAGGCAGCAGGGGCCGAUCCCUAUAUCGCAAUACGACUGUGAGAAUUUCGCAGCGAUGAACGGCUCGCCCAAAGACAACACGCCGGUCAGAACCUCGUCCAAGAACCACUACACCCCGGUUCACUCGUCCAAGUCUAACCACGGUCUUCACUACGGUAAAGAGAGUGUGCGCAGCAGCGGCGGCGGCGGCGCCGACUUUCACAACUUCAUCUCCUCUGGCUUUGUGACGUUAGGUCGAGGUCAUCAGAAAGGUAAACAACAACCUUCUCUUCUGUUGUGUUGUUGUUGUGUUGUUGUGUUGUUUUCUUCACACAGGAGCCUGAACCACACGGCGUGUUUACGCGCUGAAUAAAAAGCCUGACCCGUGUUAAUGUUUCCUCUUUAAUACAACAACAGACUGAAGUGACACACACACAUGCACACGCGCACACACACACACGCACACU